AUGACAGCGGUGGGGGAGCUGCUGCUGGUGCUGGGUUUACUGGCGAGCGUUCACUGUGAGUUGAGGUCACGAGACCCUGAUGUGGAGGAGGAGGAGGAGCUGGGAGGAGGAGUGGGAGAGAGGGGGAACCUUCCACCCCGAAAUGGGAACUGGUGUGCGUUUGUGCAGAGGCGUGUGGUAACAACGAUGGUGGAGUGUGGAGUAGAGAAGUACACCAUCAAGUCUCAGAGUCCCUGUCCGAGCGGGAUCCCUGACUGUCAGGUGGUCAUGUACAAGCUGUCCAACCGACCUCUCUACAAACAGAAGCAGAAGAUCGUCACCUCUCUGCAGUGGCUCUGCUGUCCGGGACACGGUGGACACAACUGUGAAGACACAGUCCCUCAUCCUCUGGAUUCUGGAGGCUCGGGUCCGACCGGAGAAUCUGAAGCAGAGAGGGUGGAGCUCCGAGCUCCAGACGUGCAGCUCCAGCCGGGCGACCCGAACCGUGAACAGAACGACCACCAGGCACCUCCCCCCGAACUGUACGACGCCAGCAACGCUACCAACCGACGCAGCGGCAUGCAGGCUACCCCGGAGCCAGGCCACGCCCACAAGUCCCAUCACACGUCACAGCACGACGCAAAUACACACGACCACCGACAUAAACAUCAAGAACAUGGAGAACAUGGAGAACGUGGAGAACAUGGAGAACAUCAGCACGUUCAUG